GCUGCAGAUGUUAUAUGUAAUAAGCCGUGUAAUAUUUAGGAAGAAUUAUGUACAUUAUUUUACUUCUGUUUUCGUUAUUUUCUUGUCAUGUACAGUUUAUAAAGAUGAAUGUUUUUACCUCUGUUUCGAAACUGGAACAGCUAGCACGUGAUGAACAAGAAAUGCUCGCUUCGCUCGAAAUUUACAUUCGUGAUUCAGAAACUGGCGGAAUAGAGGUACCAGAAAAUGUUAAAAGAUUCUACAACGAUUUAUUAGACACGUCUGUGCGGACAAUUCAAGAACAUUUCAUGGAGAAUCCAAUAAAUGCCUUUCACUUCAUACAUAGAAUGCAUGUUACAUGGCCAACCGUUAUUACAACAAUAGAUUGUGAACAGUGUACAUUGACUACUCCAUUGAUAGAUUUUAAAGCCCGUCUUUCUGGUAUUGAGGAACAAAGUGACAUCCAAGUGACAAGCGAGGAUUUGCAAUGGUCUGCUAUGGCUGUUGUACGACUAUGGCAAACAUACAAACUGCACUUGCCAUCUCUUUUCAGAGGUCACAUUUUAAACGCCAGUACAAAUCCACUUUCGUUUGAGGACAUUCUCUAUAUCUGCAAUCAACUUGACUUCCGGAAUGACUUCUACAAAGAAAUUGUGUGGCUCAAAGCGCUGCUCAAAGAAAUGACCAACAAUAAAUUAUACAAUGACAAAGAAGUAACCAGAGUAAUCAAACAAAUGGCGGGAGCGUACUCCAAGUAUGGCAUGCCGUGGGAAUCUGUUGAUCUGUUGGAAAAGCUAAUUACGACGGCAAACGCAAAUGACCAUGCUAAGUUGAAACGAGAUUUAGCAUUCUAUAGGACCAAAAUAAAAGAUGAUUCCGAGAGAGAGAUUGAGCUGAAACCAAGCGAGGUAGACUUAGCGAAGUUGCAUUAUGAAGCAUUGUGCAGAGGACAUGUGACCAGAAAGCGCAAGAUUUUAUCUCGGCUACGUUGCAUUCAUCGUAAAACUUCAGUGCCGAUUUAUCGCGUGAAAGAAGAAAUCCUGAACUAUGACCCUCGUGUAUCGCUGUUCCACCAGGUAUUAACAAACACUGAAAUAACUGGUAUCAAGGAUCAGGCAAUGAAAAUGCUAAGAACUUCAUCGAUUGUCGGUGAUGGUCCGAGACAAAGUCUGAAAGAGUUUAAUUAUCGAGUCAGCCAAACUGCAUGGCUACCGGAUCAUAGCUCAGAUUUGGUUAAGAGUGUUAGCAACCGUAUAGAAUUGAUAACUGGUUUGAGCACACAACAGUUCCGUUCAUUUUCUCAUGCUGAAGACUUGCAAGUACUGAACUAUGGUGUUGGUGGAAUGUAUGAAGCUCAUUUGGACUGUCUUAACGCACUGAUACAUAUAAAUCCAGUACGUGCUGAAGAUACAGUGUUUUUACGAGGCACGGGAGAUCGAGUGUCGACGUGGAUGUUUUACCUAAAUGAUGUCCAAGCUGGAGGCGCAACAGUGUUUCUGGAUCUUAAUAUCACCGUUCCGGUAGAAAAGGGUGCUGCAGUGUUCUGGUACAAUAUCAGAAGAAAUGGAGAAAUUGACGAAAGGACUCGGCAUGCUGGGUGUCCCGUACUCAUAGGCUCUAAAUGGGUGGCAAAUAAAUGGAUACGACAGCAUGGACAAAUAUUUCGAAGGAAAUGUGGAAAGAACAUUAAUUCUAUAGACACUCGAUUGUGACAACACUGUUUUGAUAGAAUCUAUAGACUAUGUAUAUCAUGAGAAAAAAAACAUAGAUUAUUUCAUGUUA